GUUAGGGAGCUAUUUCCAUUCGUCAGUGAGGACAGGACAGGCCUGUCCCCACGUCAGUGGUUUAUAUUUGUCCUGUCAAUUCCACUCUAAAAACUGACAGUGGAAUUAAUGGGCAAUGAAAAAAGUGCCCUGAGUGGGCUUGAGAUCGAUGAGAAAGCCAUCGAAGUUACGGAUUUUUGGCUGCAUCACAGUGCAAGCACCAGUGGCGCGAAUUCACAAUGUCUUUCGGUGUUUAUCAGUGAGCCAUCACUUCAUUCAACUGCCAACUUCGGCAAGCCCUCGCCCUUGGAGAGGACGGCAAAGAAUUUGAUGCUCCACCGUCACCCCUGCAUCCUCAAAUACAUCUCCUCCUGGAAGAAAGGUAGUUCGUACUACCUAGCCACCGAGGAAGCCAAACCCCUGGCUCAGGUAAUCGGUACCCAGACUACCCUUCAGAUAUGCAUAGGACUCCACAGUAUUCUCCGAGCCCUCAUGUUCCUCCACGAGAACGCCCUCGCCUCCCACAACAACCUCUCCUCCAGCUCGAUCUACGUGACCCCCGAGGGGUCAUGGAAGCUGGGGAGCCUCGAGUUCCUCUGCAAAUUCUCAGACUUCAAUCAAGCUUAUUUGAAGAAGAUCAAGAACUUCAGGUAUGAGAAAGCCAUCACCCCUGAGGAGGACGCCUCCUCGAUGGUCUCUCAGGUCAAUCCAGUGUCCAUUGAUCAAUUUGCAUUUGGAGUACUUACUGAGGACGUUUUGAGACUGAAGAAUUCAGACGAUGUGCCAGCUCUUCUAGACUUCAAAGAACUUUGUAGACAAGAAUUACAGAAUCCUGACCCAGCGUUGAGGCCAAGUUUGAAUUCAAUACUUCGUCAUCCAUUUUUUACCCACGAUUUUAUUAAUAUUCAUGCAUUUCUCAUGGAGUUGCCAUUAAAAACUGAACCAGAGAAGGAACAGUUUUUUUCGAAUUUAGUUUCCCAACUGAAAUCAUUCCCCGAGAAGAUAGUAGCAGAGCAGCUGGGUCGUCUGCUGCUGUCGCGUCUGGUGCUGCUGGACCCAACAGCCCAAUCGAGGCUCCUGCCGUACGUCCUAAAGCCAACAACCGAGGAGGAACCCCAAGAGGAGACAGGUCUCUUCUCUGUCUCCACCUUCAAAAGCUACCUAGUCCCCAAACUCCUGCAGAUGUUUUGCGUGCGAGACACCUCAGUGCGACUCCUCCUCCUGUCCCACCUCAACUCCUACAUCUACGCAUUCCAAAUGGAAGAACUAAAGCGUCAGAUACUGCCUGAGCUGCUGGUGGGAAUAAAAGACCACGACGAUCAGCUGGUGAGUGUGACCCUGCGUGCCCUGGCGGACCUGGUGCCAAUUCUGGGGGCUGCGACAGUCAUCGGGGGUAAAAGAGGAAAAUUAUUCACCGAUGGAAGGCCCAAUCACAACCAGAGUCGAGUGGAGGUGCGAGGCAGCAAGAGAAUCGACGAGAAGAUGAGGAAAAGUGCUCCUGUGGAGGUGCCCCUCAUGGACCUCCCUGAGAGACCUUCCCCCGACGGUGGAGAGGUGGGGGAAGAGACGCCUGUCGUCUUCGUCGAGGAGGAGGGCACGUGGUCUGACUGGGACGCUCAGGACACUUCGAAUGUCGAGGCCGACGCCAGGAAUGACGUGGAGAUCAUUGAAGAGACAGUUGUGCCAGCAAAAUCGGCCCCCAAGAUCGACAGACAGUUGUAUUCCAAGAAAAUUCAGAUAUCGGAUAUUACAGAGCUUGACAUCAAGCACUCGAAGAGUCAGGGGGUCAAGGAGGAGGUGGACUUCUUCACGGAUAUGGAACCGGUCAUCGAGAAACCGAGGAUUGUUCAUAUCGAGGAGGAGAGGGUGAAAAACGUGAGGAGUGUGUUUGACUUUAAGGGGGGGUCCAUGCAGGACGACGAUGACGAUGGCUGGGGGGAGGAUUUGAAUGACUGGGGAGGGGAGAAUGGACUGGACGAUGUGAAUGAUUGAGGGCUGGGGGGAAGAGGAAUCUUGAGCGAAGUGGGAAUACGGGGGGUGUGGGCUCUGGUGGGGUUGAUUGGCUUGGGUGUAGCUUGGAGAGGAGUGGAUUUGGGGGAAAAUGUCGUAAGAUCUUUUUUGUAGAGCUGGGAAUUCUGGGUGAAUUGUGUUCUUCGAGAUUUUUUUGUGAGACAGCGCUUGUUAAGAUUAUUUGAUGUUAAAUUGAGAUGAUGAAAAGGUUGAGGGAAGUGGGUAAAUGUUGAGGGGUUGUUAAGGAUGAAAUUAUCUUGGUAGUAAGUGGGUUUGGGAGAAAAUGCAUCAGAUACUUUUGGUAGAGAAUUUCAUCAGCUGCAAAAAUGAUCUAGAGACACUUUUUCGGAGAGGCAAUGGUUCACCAGAUAUUUGCGCUUUUAUGUCGCGUAUUGUCACUUCGCUUCAGAUGUUGUCGGGAAAUUUUUGUUAAUCUUGUUAAUAGAAGGGUUCAAUGCUGGAUUUUUGUUGAAUGUCCCGAGAAAUUGUUGAUAGCAAAGUGAUUUGUAAUUUGUAACAUAAAAGAAUUUCGAAUAAACGUGUCUUAAAUAACAA